AUGCCCUACAAGCCCGAAGAGGAAAUUUAUGUGCGUGAUAUACCACUCUCAUAUAUGUGGAAAUAUCUCAAAACUAACCAACCCCCUCCAAAAAAGUGUAAUGAUGGAAGAGAACAAGAACUACUCAAAUUCAUCCAAAACCACCCCAGAUAUUCCGAGAUGAAAGGCUCCCCUGAAGCCGUUCUCGCUGCGAUAGACGAGUUCGGCUGUACAAAAGAUUUCCUCAUGAACGUGGGCCAAGAGAAAGGUCGCGUUGUGACCGGUCUUAUAGCCCAGGAGAAACCCAAGACUUUUCUCGAGAUUGGCGGAUAUGUAGGAUUUUCAGCCAUUCUCUUUGGGAACGAGUUUCGCAAUUCAGGUGGCCAGAAAUACCUGAGUCUUGAGCUGAACCCUACUUUUGCGUCCGUGGCCCGCGAGUUGAUUGCGCUGGCGGGGUUGGAUCAGACGGUGGAGAUUAUUGAAGGUCCUUGUCGGGAGUCCUUGCGGAAACUUCACCAGCAGGGCGCGGGCGCGUUUGAUGUGGUCUUCAUUGACCAUGCUAAAGUUCUGUACUUCAAUGAGCUGAAACUAUGCGAGGAGUUGGGCUUCGUACAACCAGGCACCACCGUCAUGGCCGAUGACAUGGUUCGACAGGGAAACGCUCAAUACUCGGCAUAUGUGAGAGAUUCUCCUGCGGUGAAGAGGCAGCGGUACGAGGAAGAGAAAGCAAACCAGGAAAACGGAGAUGUGUCUCUGGGUAACCCUUCGUUGAUUUACGAGACUACUAUGUUCCACGGCCUUGACCCUUGUGGCACUGAGACGUGA